AGUAGCCAUGCUGGCUCGAGUGCUCGCUUAGCUUGGUGGGCGGUAGAGAACUGAAACUCGACGUUCUCGCGAUCGCAAGCCGAGGCCGCCCAUGGCAUUGGCCAAGGCAAAGCUGUCUGCAGUGGCAGUCCUCCUCGUUGCAAGCGUGUUGAGAAUCAAGAGGGGUGACGCGAGCAAAGCUGACAUCAAGGUCAUCACAGAAUCGGCAGCUACAGAGAAAUGGUUGUUCAAGUACAAGGACGUCAUCGGGGAACCAGACUUUGAGCGCUACCGCGGUCAUGUGUACCGCGUGUUGAACAUCGCCUUGCAUUUGCUAAAGGAGAAUCCGAGGGUGGAGCAGCUUCGUGAGACGAUCGAGAUCGCCCUCGUCUUCCACGACAUCGCUCUCUGGACAACGCGCGAACUCUCGUAUGUGGUGCCCUCGAACAAGCUCGCACUCGAGACGGUUACGGGCCAGACGGAGGAGCAGAAGGCGCUCAUGAGCAACAUCAUCCUCUAUCACCACAAGAUCACGCCGUUCAAGGGCGAGAACGCGGACAUCGUAAGCGCGGUCAUCGCCGCGGACCUCGCAGAUUUCACCUUUGGCCUUGUGCGAAGCGGCUUCUCGAGCGAUAACAUGGCCAAGUUGCUCGCAGAGAUCCCGGACACGGGCUUCCACACAACUCUGAACUUGCGCAUUCCGGCGAUCCGUGGUUGGAACAUCUUUCGCGGCGUUUGGGAAGUGAUGCAGAUCUUCUACUGGUAGACGUGCAGCAGAGCGCAUACACUGGAAAGCAUGGCCAGCGCGCGAGCCGUAGCAGUGCCGACCCAACAAGUCCGCGCGGAAUUCCGAACAGUAUGCUGUGCUCGGGCCGGCUUUUUUUGGCUGCUCCCGCAGAGCCAGGGAGGGGCCAGAGGUCCGAAACUGAGCAGCAGGCAAGCGAACUGCGGCGGGCUGCCAGAUCACGUUCGACAGCACAAGACGAGCACACCAUGCGGUAUCACUUGACGUGCGGGUCUGGCGACGCUUUGCUGGCUGGUGCAUUUCUGGACCUCUCUGCGCGAUUCGGCGUGGGUUUCCGGUGGUGCUCGUAAGAUGAGGUUGCCCUAGCGCCCGCGCAGCGACCAGAUGAAGUGGGUGCCAUUUGGCCGCCCAGUGCACUUCUGCAUUUUCAUGUCAGUGCCUUUCUCUACGCAAUACGCUCACGAUGUUCAGCAUUACAGCCGAGACGCUGGAAGCAGGAUCAGUUUGGGUUCGGAUUGUGGUCCUUCAGGUCCGUCCUUGGUUGUUCCUCCGUGCACCCAGUCGCGUCUGGAGCCAA